AUGCCAGCUUGUUUUCCUGCUAAAACUGAUACUUAUGAAGGUGCAACUUCAGUGACUACAGGAUGGGGUACAUUUUUUCCGGAUGAAAGUCCUGAUACCUCUCGCAAAGAAAUGGGAAUACGAGUUUUGACUGAGGCUGACUGCGUUAAGAAAUUCGGUGCAAAUAUGUUAAAUACAACAACUCAAAUCUGUGCUGGUGCAACCGGCAUCGUUCUAAAUAUGUAUCAAGGUAAUUCAGGUGAUCCAUUACUUGUUGAACAUUCUAAUGGUCUUUGGUAUUUGGCUGGUUUGGCAUCAUGGGGUUAUGGAUAUGCUGAUGGUCAUGUUUAUACUAGUCUUUCAGCGUAUCGUGAUUGGGUUCAAGGUCACGUUUCAACUUUUCCAAGUGGUAGUGACUAA